UGAGAGGUACUAUCGGCCGCGUAUAGGCGGAGGAAAUAGCGUUUCUUUUGAUCACAAUAUUUUUUUUAUUUGAUUCCAUAAUUAAACGCAAAAAGGUGAAGUAGAGCGUAGCCGCGAACAAAGGAACUGUGACCUCAAACAGAAUGCUGCGGGCGAUAGGCAAACGGGAUAGAGACAUAUUUGACGAAGUAUGGCCUGAGAAAAGAAAAAUUGUGCUCAAGCUGCUGCGUCAGGAAACGGUGUCCCAGCUCGAAUGGCAGGAACUCUUCUAUGGUGUGCACUUCGUGUGCCUGUGGGACGAAAAGGGUGCUGCCAAAAUAUACGAAGGCCUUCAGCAAGACAUUGUCGAAUUUAUUGUUCAGGCCCAAUCCAAGGUACAAGCGCAACGGGGCGAACAGGCGCUUUUGGCCACCUACAUUGUGGAAUGGCGUAAAUUCUUCACACAGUCCAAUUACCUGCCGCUGCCAUUUCGACAGUUAGAGCAGUCGCCGCAGGUGAAGCCCGCGUCCAGUUCCAGUUCCACAUCGUCGUCGGCAAUCGGUGGCGGCGGAGCAUCCACCUCGAAUGCCGCUGCCCUGAUCAGCAAUCAAGUACCCUCAAGCAGUUCCUCAGCCAAACCCUCAACGUCGUCAGCGGCAGCGGGUGGUGCAUCCACUAGUGCUGGCGGCGCCAGCAAUUCAGCUGGUGGAUCCAGCUCCAAGAAGAGUCCCACCGAGGACAGUCCAGUCCGCAAGCUAAUGCUGGACUCAUGGAACAAGCAUAUCUUUCAUGACAUCAAGGAUCGGCUACAGGAGUCCGCCAUGAAGAUUGUGCACGCUGAACGCAAUGGCGAUGCCUACGAUGCUCAACUGGUAGUCGGAGUGCGUGAGAGCUAUGUGAAUCUGUCCUCGAAUGCCGAAGACAAGCUGGAAAUUUAUCGUGAGUACUUUGAAAAGGCGUACUUGAAGGCCACCGCCGAUUUCUAUCGGCUCAAAUCCGCCGAACAGCAGCAGGAGAACGGCGUGCUGGCCUACAUGAAGUACGCGGAUGCGAAGCUGCGUGAGGAGGAAGUGCGUGCUAAGCGUUACCUAGAGCCGAGCAGCUUUAACAUAUUGACAUGCCGCCUGGUCAAGGUGCUCAUUGUGGAUCAUCUCAAUUCGAUUAUAGCCGAGUGCCCAGCGCUCAUACGCGACUACGAGACGGAGCGUCUGAAUCUAAUGUUUCGCCUGCUCGAUCGUGUGAUGGAUGGCGAAGGCGUCGAGGCAAUGAUGGGCGAUCUGCAGCGACACAUCAAAUCCGCUGGCCUGGCCGACAUGCAGUCCGCCUCGGAGAUAAUCACCCAGGACUCGGAGAAGUAUGUGGAACGGCUGUUAGAGCUCUUCAAUAGAUUCAGCGACCUAGUGCGCAACGCCUUCAACGAUGAUCCGCGCUUUCUCACUGCCCGAGACAUCGCCUUCAAAAUGGUGGUCAACGACACCAGUGUGUUCAAAAUGGAGCUGCCCACGAGCAUUGCCAAUCGCGGCGUCAAGUACACAGCGCCCGAGAGCAAGUGCCCCGAGCUGCUUGCCAACUACUGUGACAUGUUGCUCCGACGGACGCCGCUCAGCAAGCGGCUCACCAGCGAACAGAUCGACGCACGUCUAAGGGAUGUGCUGCUCGUGCUGAAGUAUGUCAACAAUAAGGACGUUUUUAUGCGCUAUCAUAAAGUCCAUCUGACGAGGCGCCUAAUCCUGGGCACAAGCGCAGAUAGUGAAAAGGAAGAGGAUAUCGUUGAAUGGUUGCGCGAGGUGGGGAUGCCAGCGGACUAUGUCAACCGACUGGCGCGCAUGUUCCAGGACAUUAAGGUCAGCGAGGAUUUAAAUACUCAAUUCCGUAACUCUAUAAGUCGGCAUGAUGCCAUCAAUAUUAAAAUACUCAAUGCUGGGGCGUGGGCGCGCUGCUCGGAGCGCGUUUCAGUGUCGCUGCCCAUCGAACUGGAGGACUAUAUACCUGAUGUGGAGGAGUUUUACAAGAAAAAGCAUUCCGGCCGUAAGCUGCAAUGGUAUCAUCACAUGAGCAAUGGCACCAUCACGUUUGUCAACAAUUUCGGGCGCUACGAUCUCGAUGUCACAACAUUUCAAAUGGCUGUGCUCUUUGCCUGGAAUCAGCGGCAACACGAUAAGAUCUCCUAUGAGAAUCUACGUCUGGCCACCGAGCUGCCCGAUCCCGAGCUACGUCGCACUCUUUGGUCGCUGGUCGCCUUUCCCAAAAUCAAAAAGCAAAUCUUACUAAUGGAACCAGUUGCCAUUAGUUCGCCCAAAGAUUUCGCUGAGAACACAAUGUUCUAUAUCAAUCAGGAAUUUGCAAUUGUCAAGAAUGGUAAAUCCCAGCGUCGCGGCAAGCUAAAUCUAAUUGGUCGCUUGCAAUUGAGCACGGAGCGAUCGCAACAGGAGGACAAUCAGUCCAUUGUGCAGCUACGAAUAUUGCGCACCCAGGAGGCAAUCAUUAAGAUAAUGAAGGUGCGCAAACGCAUGAACAAUGCGGCGCUGCAGGCUGAAUUGAUUGAUAUACUGAAGAACAUGUUCCUUCCGUCGAAGAAGAUGAUUAAGGAGCAGCUCGAAUGGCUGAUCGAACACAAGUAUAUGAGACGCGACGACGAUGAUAUCAACAUGUUUAUUUAUGUGGCCUAACUGUGAUGGCCUUUGCGUCCUUGCCUAGUAACCAUUUCCAUAUCCAAACCAACCCCCAAACACGGCCAACCUAAUGUUUAUACACUCAUGAUCUUCAAAUUUUUAAUUGGUCGCGUGCUUUAAGCUUGCGCUCUAUAUCUCAUUCUCUUUCUAUUUAUCUCAAUGAAUCCCCAUUUUCUUAGGAUGCCUAUUUGUUUAGUUGACUCUGCGUCCUGGGCAGAAUUUUCAAAAUUGAACAAAUUGCUUUUUCCUGUUUGUAUUUUGUUUUGUGUAAACGCGUAAUUAUAUUUUAUAUUGGCCUAUUGGCUGCUUGGUUAAUCGUCUUAGGUAUAAUGUGUACGUAGUCGGUCCCUGAUAAUUAAUACGAGGAACGUUAAUCUAUAAAACAGAAACACAUUGCUUUUGCUGUUUUCCACUUAUGUGUAGCCCUUGUUUAUAUUGUGCUUUAUAUUGUAAAGUCUUGUUAUACACGGCAGACCCACACUCAACCACAUCUCACCUUCAAUACCCAUGCACCCCGCACCCCGCAUCCCAUCACACGAUUGGUUGAUUGGGUUUGACUGUAGAUCAAAUAUAAUCGCUUCAAAGACACAGA